AUGACGCAUCUUCCAGAAGAAUGGGCCCAUAGGUCCUUUGCAGAGCGCCCAACUGUAGAGAAAAAGCUCACGCUAGCAGAGAUCGACAAGAAAAUCGAGGAACUUGCGAAGGGAUUGGAAGAGUUAGAACGCACCGCCGCUGCCUCGAAGGAUGAGUCCGCCGCAGGUCCAUCCUCCGGUCCCAAACCCAACAAGGUGACCAAGCCGAAGGCCAAAAAGUCAAGAAAAUUCCCCAUCGAAGAAGUCAUCGCCCGGCUCACGCAAGUCGCACAACAUGACCCCGAGGCUCGGAAGAUCCUGGAAAAGAUUUGGCACGGGCCUUGA